AUGCAGUCACUCAUUACUCUUCUCGCUCUUCCUGCUUCCACGCUGGCUGGAUCCGUGCUGUGGAGCGGUAUUUCCGAUUCUUCGCUCACCGUGGACGACAUUGACAAAUGGUCCUGGUCGAACCAGGUCGGUGCGUGGCAAUGGUACAUUCACGGCUCUGGUGAAACGUCCGAGUAUUUGGGCAUCUCCUCCGAAUUCAAGAACCCAGCGGCUGCCGACGCCCAGGGAUUGCGAAUCACUAUUGAUGGAACUUCUUUCUGGAAUGGGCAGACCAUGGAGCGCUCCGAGCUCAUUCCGCAGACCAAGGCUAAUCUGGGCUCGGGUCACCUGUAUUAUCAUUUUUCUCUCUCCACCAAGGAGGUUAACCCCCCCAAUCCCUCGUUCGAGCACCAGAUUGCAUUCUUCGAAAGCCACUUCACGGAGCUGAAGUAUGGCGCAUCGGGCGCUUCCGACAACACCUUGAGCUGGAACGCGGACGGCAAAUCGCAUUGGUCGGUCCAGCUGGAGGCAGGUACGUGGUACAACUUCGCCUACGACAUUGACUUCGACUCCAACAAAGUUGGCCUGUGGGCAUCCAAUGGUUCCGAGCCCUUGACUCAGGUUGUCGCACCGGUUAGCGCCUCGACAUCCUCCAACUCCGCUGACUGGCACGUCGGCCAGCUGCGUCUGCCAGGCAGUGAAUCCGAUGACGCGGCGGAAGACUGGUUCUGGUCCGGCGUCUACGUGGAGGAGGGCCCGAUUACUACAGAGAUUGGCUCCGGAAGCUCCGGAAGCUCCUCCGGCUCUUCAAGCGCCACUAGCUCUUCCAGUGCCGCCACCUCUGCAACUGCUUCUGCUCCUUCAACCGUGCAGUCUGCUGCCCCUACGGAGAGCACAACCGCUACUGCGACCAGUGCGGGCCCGACGACGGCUGCCACACAAAGUCCUGUUUCGACUGCCGUGUCCUCCAGCAUGGUCGCCUCCCCAUCGACUGCGGCUCCUACCAAGAGCACUGAGGUGGCUACGCCCACUUCCUCCUCCGCGGCUGCCUUUGCCAGCCCUGCUUCUGCCGCGGAGUUCUUGACUGAUAUCCGAGCUCUUCUGAAGGUCCUCCUGUCCCGCUCAGGAUCGGGGAGCGUGCAUGCGCGCGACUUCGCCCGCCGUUGA